AUGAAUAGACCUUCAACAUCAUAUAAUAGUCAUGGGAGUGGCUCUAGAAAUGAUAACCUAGUAACAUGUGCAUUCUAUAAUAAAAUAGGUGCAUGUAGACAUGGAGAGAAAUGUGCAAAGAAACAUAUUAGACCAACGAUAUCCAAGACCAUCCUUGUAUAUAAUCUUUAUCAGAAUCCAAAACUCAAUAAAACUGAUCCGCCAUCAGAAGCACAAAUACAAGAAACAUUUAAUCAAUUUUAUCGAGAUAUUUUUAUACAUUUUGCCAAAUUAGGGGAAGUUUCAGAUAUAGUAGUAUGUGAAAAUGAAAAUAAUCAUCUAAAUGGGAAUGUAUAUGUUCGAUAUAAAUCAGAAGACCAGGCUAAUGACGCCGCUAUAAGGUUGAAUCAAGAAUGGUUUAAUGGUAGACCUGUACAUUGUGAAUUAUCCCCAGUUGAUAGUUUUCCAGAAGCAAAUUGUAGAGCAUAUGAUACUGAUAGUUGCGAAAGAGCUGAACAUUGUAAUUAUAUGCAUGUAAGAAGAACAGAUGUACAAAUUAAGGAUGAAUUGGUUAAGGCACAUAAGAAAAGUUGUCUAUUAAAGAGAUUACUGCAGUUGAAACAAGAUGGUAAUAUUCCUACUUCUGGUGGUAGUGGUGGAGCUGGUUCUGAUGAUGUUGAUAAGGAUGAAACUGAUAAUAAGAAAUCUUCAACUAAUAAAGUAACAACAUCAAUUGUACAACAAUUAUUUGCGUAG